ACAAAUCACACGUAUUUCAAUUUGGCUGGACAUGCUUCUGGCAGUACUGAAAUAUAUGCGCAUUCCAUUAAAAUUAAUGCAAACGACAUCACCGAGACGGAUGCAGAUUCAAUACCCACCGGACAGCUAACCGCGGUACAAGGCACUCCAUUUGAUUUGCGUGCAACUGGAAAUUUAGGUGAACGCCUGAAGAAACUGCUACCUGCAAGGGGUUAUGAUGAUAACUAUUGCGUGGAGUUGAUCAACAAUGGCAUAACAGUGAUCGGCAAAGCAUUUCACCCCGGCAGUGGUAGAUGGUUGGAAAUUGCAAGCAAUCAACCAGGCGUACAAUUUUACACUUCAAAUUUUAUGCCAGAUGUAACGGAGCCACCAAUUGAAGGGAAAUCUGGCGCCAAAUACCAUAAGCAUGGCGCUUUUUGUCUUGAGACACAAAAAUAUCCCGAUGCUGUCAAUCAUCCAAAUUUUCCAUCCAUCAUUUUAAAUCCUGGCGAAAAAUACAAUCACGAAGUGAUUUAUAAAUUUGGUGUGUGUCGUCAUUGCGAGGCCGAGCCAGAAUAGCCAGAAUAACCCGAAUAGCUCGAAUAGCCACAACAGGCGGACUUCCAGGGCGGAUCUGUGGUUUGCUGCGAAGAGUUUAUACAAAAAUUUAUAAAUAUAAUUUGAAUUUAUUUAGAUAACAA